UCUAUCUUGGCCCUGUCCCCACAAAAGGUCUCCAUGGGAGCAACUCCUUGACGGGCUUCUGAUCUUCAACCCAAACAUCAGGCACCGGACAAGCAGUCAUGAGUGCCCACGAGAAGGACACGCCAUUGCCACCCUCGGUCGCCGUCACACCAGACGCGACCGCCCCAGUUCGCAUCGUUGAAGAGACCCUGGAGAAGGACCGCGUGGCAACAUCACACGCAGAGGACGAGAAAGAUGUCGUCAAGGACAACAAGAAGGCCAAGGUCGGCCUGUGGAACUACGUUAGGGUAUUCAGAUACGGGACCAGCCUCGAUGCUGCCCUCAUGGGAACGUCCUGUCUGACUGCGAUUGGCUCUGGAUCCACAAUGCCUCUGAUGAACAUCGUGCUCGGUCAACUUGUUGGCAACUUUACUGCGUAUUUUAUGCCUGACACGACGGUCACUAAACAUCAAUUUCAGUCCGAAUUCAACAAGCAAGCUCUCUACAUCGUCUACCUGUUCAUCGCCAAGUUUUUCCUGUCCUACAUCUCCAUGAUUUGCGUUCGAAUCAGCGGCCUUCGCAUAUCUGCCGCCCUCCGGCUAGCAUACCUUCGUGCCACGUUCGCUCAGCCCGUGAGCGUAAUCGAUACUCUGUCGCCGGGUAAAGUGUCUACACGUAUCACCACCUCGUCCAACACCAUUCAGCUGGCUAUAUCCCAACACUUCUCGCUGCUUUUCCAAUCGCUGGCCUUCACAAUCGGUCUCUUCGUCGUGGCUUUCAUCAAGAGUUGGCUCCUCACGCUCGUUGCCAGCGUGUCGCUCCCUUUCAUCGUGAUUGUAUAUGGGGCGAUGAUUCCACCGUUCAUGAAAAUCCACAAGGUCACGGAGGAGAACCAGGAGAACGCCUCAGCGACGGCUUACGAAAUCUUCUCGUCUAUCCGCAUCGUCGUUGCAUUCGGCGCCGAAGGAAAGCUGGCCAAGCAACACGAGGCUUUAUUGGACAAGGCGGCGAAAAAUGAAAGGAAAACAGCCCCAUUCAUGGGCCUGAUGUUCAGUGUCUCUAUGAUGGCUAUGUAUGGUACCUACGGUCUUACCUUCUGGUUCGGCAUCCGACAGUACACCCGUGGCCAUAUAACCAAUGUGGGCGACAUUGUUGUUGUGCUCUUCUCGGUCAUGAUGGCGGUCAUGAACGUUGGGAGACUCGCUGCGCCCAUCAUUGCUGUCGCCAAGGCUGCUACAGCCGCCGCGGAGCUCUUUGCCACAAUCGACGCCGAUGUCCCAGAUACCACCGGCUUGAAGGAGCCAGACGUCUCUGCUGAUCUAGAUAUCUCUUUCGAAGACGUUGCUUUUUCAUAUCCAAGUAGACCAAAUGUGCAAAUCCUCGAUGGCUUCAACGCCACGUUCGAAGCAGGCAAGGUUACUGCAAUAGUUGGCCCGUCGGGGUCGGGGAAGAGCACUUUGGUGUCUUUGAUCCAGCGAUGGUAUGAUCUCCUCGGCACUGCUGCUAGAGUAACGACAACCGAUAAAACGGAAGACACAGCGCCAGCCGAUAUGCUCGCGAAAGACGCCGUCAAGAGCAAGAAGGGCAAGGACAAGGACAAGGACGACGAAACUGAAGUUGAUCUGGGACCAAACACAUGCACGGGGACGCUUAGAAUUGGAAAAACCAACUUCCGCGAUGUUGAUCUUCAGUGGUGGCGUUCACAAAUCGGCCUUGUCCAGCAGGAGCCUUUCCUUUUCAACGACACUAUCUUCAAUAAUGUGGCAUAUGGACUAUGUGGGACUCAAUGGCAGGACUCCUCCAAGGAAGAGAAAAUAACCAUGGUUGAAGAAGCCUGUAGAGAGGCACACGCGAGUGAGUUUAUCGAAAGGCUGCCACAAGGCUAUGACACCCUCGUCGGCGAAAGCGGUAUCAAGCUGUCGGGCGGCCAACGUCAACGCAUCGCCAUCGCCCGCAGUAUCAUCAAGAAGCCUCCAGUCCUCAUCCUUGAUGAAGCUACCAGCGCUAUCGAUGUCCGAACUGAGCGCACCGUUCAAGAGGCACUAGACCGAGUAUCCCAAAAUAGAACUACCAUUGUCAUCGCUCAUCGGCUCUCGACUAUCAAGCGAGCAGACAAGAUCAUGGUCAUGAGGCAGGGGAAACUUGUUGAGGAAGGUACCCACGAAGAGUUGCUCAAAAAGGACGAUGGCGUCUACCACGGGCUUGUCAACGCCCAGGAGCUAAUGAUUGAGGCUGAAGAGGAGGAAGACGAGCUCGAAGAAGCAGCCUUACAUAAGACCAAGACCGUGGAGACAGAGAAGUCGCAUACUGAGCACGCCCGUGAUGAGGAAAUAGCUUCCACCGGAGACGAGGGACCCCUGAAGAAAGGGUUUAUGAGGGUAUGGGGUCGCGUAGCUUACGAGCAACGUCAUCACUGGGUCCUUUACUCCCUCGCUAUUUUUGGUGUUCUGGCCGCAGGAGCUGCCUACCCUCUCCAAGCCUACAUCUUCGCCAAAAUCAUUCAAGUUUUCACAUUUACCGGCCAGGAAUUUGUUGACCAGGGCAAUUUCUGGGCGGGAAUGUUCGGUGUUCUGGCUGCAGGCGUCCUUGUCGCAUACUGUACUAUGGGUUUCUGCACGCAUCUCAUAUCGAUCGCAAUAGUGCGCUGGUAUCGCCAGGAAUACCUCGAUAACAUCAUUCAGAAGCGCAUCGCAUUUUUCGACGCUGAAGGCCACUCCGCCGGCUCGCUCACCUCUCGUCUGUCCUCCGACCCGGAACAACUACAACAACUAGUAUGCACCGAAAUGGCCAUGGCAUCCGUCUCAAUAGUCAAUCUUGUCGGUUCAGUGAUCAUCGCCUUCGUUUACGGAUGGAAGCUCUCACUCGUCGGUCUUUUUUGCGCGCUUCCGUUUAUCCUCGCGGCUGGGUACUUGCGCCUCCGCAUCGAGCUCAAGUUUGAAGAGAUGAACGCGGCCGUCUUCGAGAAUAGCUCGCAGUUCGCAACCGAAGCUGUCGGUGCUUUCCGCACGGUGCUAUCCCUCAUCAUGGAGAAUAUGAUCGCCGAUCGGUAUCAGACGCUGCUGAAGGGGCAUGUCAAGAAAGCAUUUGCGACCGCUAAGUUUGGCACUUUUGUCUUUGCUGCUUCCGAUAGCGUAGAACUGGCUUGCAUGGCUCUGGCGUUCUGGUACGGUGGAACUCUCCUUGCGUCCCGCGAGUAUGAACUGGUUGACUUCUUCGUCAUUUACACGGCAGUGGUGCAAGGCGCUAUUGCUGCUGGCAUGUGGUUCAGUUUCACUCCAAAUAUCGCCCAAGCCACCGGUGCUGCAAACCGCAUUUUGAGCCUCCGCCCCGCCAAAGACGCUCCACCGCCCAACUACACCCCCGUUCCCCAGGACUUCGUCGGCGGCGUCGGCAUCGAGUUCCGCAACGUUUAUUUCUCCUACAAAUCGCGCUCCGUGCCAGUCCUCUCCAACCUCAACAUCAACGUCCUCCCCGGCCAAUUCGCGGCGCUGGUCGGCGCUUCGGGGUGUGGGAAGUCGACAACCAUCUCGCUUCUCGAGCGUUUCUACGACGUGGACUCGGGUGCCAUAUUGUAUAACGAGCAGGAUAUAACGUCGCUUGACCCGACGGAGUACAGGAAGAACGUCAGUCUCGUGUCCCAGGAGCCUACGCUCUACCAAGGCACGGUAAGGGAGAAUGUGGCUAUGUCUGUCGAGGACGCUACAGAUGCGGAGAUUGAACAAGCGUGCGCCGACGCCCAGAUUCAUGAGUUCAUCACGUCCCUUCCAGAUGGAUACAGCACUCGUCUCGGUCCUAAGGGCAUGUCUCUCUCUGGUGGGCAGAAGCAGCGUCUCUCUCUCGCUCGCGCUCUUCUCCGGAAACCCAAGCUACUUCUUCUUGACGAGGCGACCAGCUCCCUCGACUCAGAGUCCGAGAAGCUAGUCCAAGAUGCGAUCGAGCGUGCAGCAGGCGAGGGUGGACGGACCACCAUCGCGGUCGCGCAUCGGUUGGCAACCAUCCAGAAGGCGGACGUCAUCUUCGUCCUGGGAAGCGGGAAGGUGCUUGAGAAGGGUGAUCAUCAGGCGUUGUUGAGAAAGAGGGGUAUUUAUUACCAGAUGUGUCAAGCCCAGGCUCUCGAUCGGUGAGAACGGACGCUGCGACACGAGUCCUUUACAUUCAUUCUUUUCCACGUCGUGCAGUAUUCUGUUUACAUUCAUUCUUUUCCACGUCAUGUAGUAUUCUGGAUCUCCUUUCGGGCUUUCGACAUGCAUCAGAUACCGUCUCCUUGCUCUCCCGUACAUAUACACAGCGGAUACCACUUGGACGUACUUGCAUUUCCAUUCAUUCAUGUCUGCACUACUCCGCCAGCUAUGCAAAAAGCGUUAUAUCUU